AUGAUUGAAAAAAUUAAAAAAACAAAUUUUCUUAUUUUUAGUUUUAUACUAUUGACAUUUCUAUUUUCAUUUGCCUACAAUGCACAACGCGAAGCAAAAAGAAAUGAAAUUCUACUAUCAGAACCAUUAUCAUCGAUGACUUCAUGUCGAUAUCGUAUACCACGUUUAAUACAUCAAACAGUCAAAUCAAAAUUGAAUAUAUCAAAAGAUACUCAAAUGGCUAUUCAAAGUUGGCAAUUAAAAAAUCCUCAAUAUCGUCAUUUACUCUAUGAUGAUCAAGAUUUGGAACAAUUUGUUAUUAACUCUUAUCCUCAUCUAUUACCAUUAUUUCGUGAAAAAUUAAAAACACAAGUUGAACGAACAGAUUUAUGGCGUUAUUUAGUUUUACAUGAAUAUGGUGGUAUUUAUACGGAUAGUGAUACAAUAUGUGUACAACCAAUUGAUGAAUGGCCAAUAGAUAAUCAUACAGAAUUGGUUAUUGGUAUUGAAGCUAAUAUGCCUAAUCAUACAGAAGUUGAACGUUUUAAAUUAGUAUAUUCUAUACAAUUUAUGCAAUGGACGAUUGUUGCAAAACCAAAACAUCCACUAUUGUUCAAUGUAUUUUCACGAAUUGAUGAAUAUGUUAAUAAUGAACAAAAUGAUUAUGAUUCGUCUAAAAUGGGUGUUUUAAAGCGUACAGGACCAGGAAUGUUUACACAAGUUAUUAAUGAUUAUUUAAAUAAAACUUUGAAUCUAACAUCCAAAGAUGUUGUUAAUGGUGGCACAUAUGAUCAUAAACGAUUAAAAAUUGUUAAUAUAAACGGUUUUGGUGCAGGACAACCACAUAGUCAUAGUGCAUCACUAUUAUCAUUACAAAAUAGAACAGAUAUCUAUGCAUAUCAUUUAUUUCAUGGUGGUUGGAAAAAGUCAUAUAAAAUCAAAAACUGA